GUUGAACUCGUACAAUCCUUCAUGCAGUUUCCCUUGGAUUUGGAUAGGUGCUCUAGUUUUUUGGUUGUUCACGACACAUAUAAAGGGUGAAAUUAAAAGAUUGCACGAUUAUGUCUAGCAAACUAGCUUACACCUCUGGAGUUUCAAUUCUUCCGGUGGGUUUUCUUUUGGGUUUUUUUCCUCUUGUGUGGUUCUCCCUCUUCUGAACACUAUUUGUUUUCUUCGCUGUGGAAGGUGAGAUUAUUUGUUCGCUAGGUCUCGCGAGUUGCAUGCGAGGACUAACAGUUUAGCACUAUUAAUUUCAUCCAGAGAGCUUCCUCCAUGCAGUUGGGUUCACAGUGAUGUGUUCCGUUUAAAUGUGCCCUAGAGAGUUUGGACAAUGUGCUUUGGAGAUGUAACUUUGCUACCGACACAUUUUUUGAUGACUUUCAGUGUUAAGUUGAACUGGCAGACCGUAACCUGGCUAAGACCAUAAGUUCAGAAGGAGGUUCCGCAUUACAAAGCUCUUCUUUUGAAAUGGCUUUGGCACUUUGUGGUGGAGAAAGACAGUUUGUGGAGACGGGUUAUUGCUGCCAUUUAUGGCGUGGAGUCUUUUGGGUGGCUGGCAAAGUCUGCAAAAGGUUCCUCUAUUGGGAGGCCUUGGAUAGAUAUUCAACGUCUUCGUAUUAGUGCUUGUUUGUCCGACAAUUGAGUGCUAUAACAACCAGUCAACAAAAUGGCCUACGAAUUGACUGAGCAAAAAAAAGUUGGACUUGGGCUGAUUGGUUUUGGCUUCUUUUUCACAUUUUUGGGUGUAAUCCUGUUCUUUGACAGGGGAUUGCUUGCUUUAGGAAAUAUAUUUUGGUUAACUGGAGUAGCACUUUUACUUGGUUGGCGUUCUACGUGGAAUCUUUUUACCAGUCGAGCAAAUUACAAGGGUUCUGCAUCUUUUCUUCUUGGGCUCUUCUUCAUUUUUGUUCGCUGGCCCAUAAUUGGAAUACUCUUCGAGAUAUUCGGCUGUUUCGUUCUCUUUGGUGGUUUCUGGCCCUCCAUCAAAGGAUUCUUGUACCAGAUUCCAGUUCUUGGGUGGAUACUUCCGUACCCCAUCAUGAUUCUUGAAAGCCUGUGGAGAGGAACUGGUUGAUCUUCAUCGCUUGAAACGAGCUAAUCUUACGUUCUAAUGACUGUUGACGACCCACUAAUUCGAUCAUUAAGACACUUUGUCUUCAGAGGGAAGAUUAUGAAGGUUAGUACAUUGAUUCUCAUUCUAGUUCUCUGAAAAAAUGACAUGGUGUAGUAGAAGAUUUUGGAUAUAACAUGUACAUAUGUACACUUCCCAUACUUUUUUGUUUUUGGUGCUGAAGACAGUGCAAUUCAGCAUUAACAUCAAUGCCAAUGGAUAUUUCCCUUUUUUGUGUGUUUGAAGUAAUAGAUUCAAACUGUAAGUUUAUACUCAA